GUAACCUGAAUGUCACCAACGCAAAUAUCAGCUGACUGAUAAAUUAUCUCUGGCCAGGGAAUGGCUUUUCCAACUAAAACUAACACCGCUAAUUGGAAACUAAUUAAGAAGGGGGAGGAACCAGACUGGGUUCCACAGCUGGCCAUUACCAAAAUGUUCCUGCAGCAAGAAUGAUUCCAUAUUUACAAGACAGCUAGACAAGCAGACAGGUGUAUAUCCUGAACACUGAGAAGCGGUCAUUUAACAGCAACAUGAAGUUCCCUUUGGUUUGUUCCAUGCUGCUCAUCGCAAUGUGGAUGACCUUCACCCAUGGCUGCCCAAAGCACUGUGAGUGUAACCAUGGCAGCACUACAGUGAACUGCUCGCAUAAAUCUUUGAUGUUUAUCCCACCACACCUGCCAGCUUCGACAAGAGUCUUCGACAUCUCAGGCAACUUUCUGGGUCCAGUGAUUAAUGGAACGUGGUCCUACAUGCGCAAUGUCACCGACAUAGACCUGUCACAGAAUGGCAUUGUCCGAAUCAUAGGCUGCAGUUUCAAAGGACUCUUCAAACUGAAGAGGCUCAACCUGAUGGGCAACCAGAUACGACAUCUGCAGGAGGAUCUGUUCAGUGACAACACUGAUCUGGAAGUGUUGAAUCUGAGCAGCAACAGGCUGGAGACAUUGGUGGAACCCGCCUUCAAGUAUCUCCACCACCUUAAAGAGCUCUACCUUUCUGACAAUUACUUCUCUCAGCUCAAGUUCGGAGUCCGCUUACAAGUGCUCACAAAUGUGGAAAUAUUUGACCUGUCAUACAACAAUUUUGGCCAGAUUUCCCAGGAUGCAUUUGAGAUGAUAGAACCAUGGAGCACGUCAGUCAAGCGAACACUAAAUCUAGCUAACUGUCAAAUAACUUCCAUUGAGAAUGGAACUAUGAGCACCUAUCAUGGAUUAUAUGAAUUAAUUCUAUCAGGUAACAAAGACCUUUCAACAGAAAACCUUAGUAAUAUUUUACAAGAACUUGAAAGAAAAAAUCUCAAAAGACUGGAUAUAUCGUAUAUGGAUUUAAGUAAUAUAGACACGCUUUUUGUUGACACCCAGUACCUAACUUUGGAUUAUCUUAACCUAUCUCAUAACCUGAUUUCUGCAGUAAGUAAUGGAACAUUUGACAGUAUUCGAAAUCUAAACACGGUAGACAUAAGUUUCAAUCAGUUGCAAAGCUUCAGUCCUGAAUUUGCUGUGUUUGGAAACAUCAAAGAGUUUGACAUAUCCCAUAAUAACAUCAGUCGCAUUGAUGGAUCAAUAAUUGAACUACUUUCGGCUUUAGAGGUGUUUCGAGCGUCUUACAACAACUUUAGGCACAGGUCAGAUGUUCAGAUAUCUUCUUUACAACACAUAAAACAUCUUGAUUUGAGUUUUAAUCAUCUCGAUGGCAUGGUUUUACCUGGCAGUACUUCAGAAAUGGAGGUUUUAAAUUUGGCAGGAAAUAACAUUUCGGUUGUAGAGUUAUUGCCCUUGGCAACAAAACUAACUAAAUUUGACAUUAGUUACAAUAACAUUUCUGUUCUGGGGCCAUUUGUAUUUUCUGCAACAAGGAGUAUCAAAGAAACCUUUUUUCGUGGAAACGUUAUCACCGACGUUGACCACCGUGCAUUUCUGCCAAACACUCCCGAGGUCAUUGACCUCUCUGGAAACCAGCUAACUCAGACCCACUAUUGCAGUUGGUCAGAUGUACGUCUGCUCAAUCUGUCCAACAACAGGAUCAGUAAUGUGGACUACCACACAUUUUAUACCAUGAACAAACUGAAAACACUGGACUUAUCAAACAACAUGAUAAAAACCUUCCACGGUGAUACUUUUAAGCAUUUAUCAAACUUGACACAUCUGGACCUAAGCAGAAACAAAAUGAGAACGCCCAAAGAUGAGGACAAUUUAACAAAACUAUUCCAAAAUUUGUAUUCUUUAAUUACUCUUAAUCUGAGUUUCAAUGAUCUAACAUUCAUAAACUCAACUGCCUUAGAGUUUAGCAAGAACACAGAAGUUAUCUCCCUUAGAAAUAAUAAACUACCAUAUAUUAUUCCUGAACUCUUCAGCAAACUUGAGAAACUAAAGCAAAUAGAUUUUUCUGAAAAUCCUUUUGACUGUGGAUGUGACCUGAUCCCACUGGUAAAAUGGAUGCUAACAAACAAGAAUGUUGUGGUUGUGAAUAACUCAAACACAAGUUACAUCUGUAACUCUCCACUAGAAAGAGCUGGGAAGGUGAUAGUAAACUACAGUGUUGGAGUCUUUGAAUGUGACGUCCGCCUUCUGUAUCUGUCGAUAUUCGGGUCAAUAGGAGCUCUCCUUGUGCUUGUUGUCAUGGUAGGUGGUUUGGUGUGUCACUACUACCUCAGAUGGAGACAGGAAGACCUGCCAAAUCUGAAGAAGGCUGCUGCCAAAGAAAAAGAAUUGAAAAUUGACCGAGUCCGUGUUACAGAUAAAAUAGACAUCGAAGCUUAUCCAAAUGACCUCAAGAAUGACAUCGACAAACACGUAAAACUGAAACUGAAGCCAUUACAAAACGGAGAUGUUCAAACGCCAUCUUCCAUUCCUGAUCACAGUUCAGGUUACGAUCAGACAAGUAAGAAACUUUCAUUCAGUCAGCCCAACCUAGAGAAUGGAUACGGUCCAUACAUCUAUCCAGUGCACAGCCAAUACCCUCGUUCUCACAUACUAGCCAGUGAAAACUAUCCAUACAGUUUAACUUUAGCCAAUAGUAGUUAUCCUUACAAUUAUGGUUUGGCAAAUGGAUAUUUUAUACCUGACAAAAAAGAUUUCAAAAACGGCAAAACUGAUGAUGAAAAGAAAAAGAAAAAAGCCAAGCUGGAAAAAGAGAAAGAAAGAAAAAAGAAAGAAAAGAAGAAAGAAAAGAAGUCUGACAAGAAAGAGAAGAAAAGUGACGAGAAAUCUCGACGACAUCCCUAUAAGAGUCAUCCUUGGAAGUAUAACAUUAUGGAGAGGUACCACCCUUCAGCAAGAUGGGACUCAAUGGGUCGUGACCGCUGGCAGAUUCUGCAAUGGAAUGCUCUCAAUAAAAGAUACCAUGAGGGCAGAAAUUCAGACAGAUGCAUGACCUUACCUCCACCAAACAAGAUGCCAUACAAUGGAUAUCCCGUGUAUCCACCUGCAUGCCCAAGGCAAAGAACACACAGCUUAAGGCCUCAAAUACAGCCCAAUAAGAGUCAAAGUGCCUGGGAGCUACCAAACGGCUGGUUCACACGAAGGGCAACUCUGCCAGAUCCACGAGUCAGGAGUGACAUGCAGAACGCCAUCAGGAGGCACAGUGAGGAAAACGAGAGAAGGAAAAGGAAAUUAUCACAGGAAUACAGACACUGGAAGAGGUAUGGUGAGGACUGGGGCCAUGAACCAAAACACGUCAGAGCAAGACCAUAUGAAGUGAUGCAGUUUAUUGAGAGAAGACCUGAAGUCCAACCUGCCAGAUUCAGUCCUACUGAGGUGAGCUUUGAUCCCAUGCUGUGGGUCAGAAGUAAUGGAGAUCUGAGGGAAAAAGUCAGGUUCGCGCCUAAUACUGACAGAGCAGAACCAUCACAGCAUCAGCAGACAAACUUCAUUCCACGAAGCAGAAGUGAAAUUGUUUAUACAGGACCAUCUCAAGAAGCAGCCUGGGAAGGCAACAUCCAACAUCAAGGCAAUACUGAACUGUUGAAAUCAGUAUCAGUAUCAGAGUAUGGCAUUACAAGGAUCCCACGUAGAGAGGCAUCAUUACCAGACACUGGUCAAAGACAGACCCAAGAAAACAUAAUAGAGAUAGUUCAUUCAGCUGUUGAGCGUGUAUCUGAUAAAAAGCCCUCCACCACAGACAAAUCGUCAUCUGAUGAAACAAGACAUAAGGCAGAGAUUCACACAGAUGAAGAGACUGAAGAGGUUGUGUGCAAGACACCUGAUCCAGAUUACCCUAGAGAUGGAAUCAUUUCAGGAUGGGUCUAGCAGUUGACCAAGGGAAAUAACUGUGUUUUGUUAGAACACUCAACAAUAAUUUCAAAAGCAGACGAUUUUCAAGUUAUAGUAUUAAAGGUGUGAAGUUUAUUGACAUGUAUUCCCUGUCUUGAACAGAACUCUCUGGCGAAGACAGAGGUUGUGCCCACGACAGGCAUGCAUGAACAGGUUUCUUAUGAAACCAUGCCGAAAAUGUCCCUAACCCAUAUACAUGUGUACUUGUAUUCCAAGAGAUACAAUUUUCAAGCUAUUUUGAAAAUAAUGAGAUUAAUGACAAAGGAUUUUCAAACUGUGAUACUGAAACUGCCUGGAUUAUCUUCAAAUUAGAGGAAGUGUAUCAGACUCAAAUAAUACGGCUAAUAGACUCCAAAGUGUUAAUACUACAUUUUGCACAGACAGUUUGUUCAAAUAUCCCUCCUUGUAAUCCAGUAGAUUGGUAUAUUUGCUAAAUAUGUGAAGAAUGUGAUGAACAAUAAUCUACUUUUGUGAAAUGCUUAGUUAAAAGACGGGAUCCUUUUGGAGUAUAUAUACCAGUAGACAAAGGUUUAAUGGAUUAUUUAAUGGAUUAUCUAAUGGGUCAUUAUGAAAGUUUAUGCCAUACAUUAUGGAUGUUUGUCCAUGUAUCUUUGCAAUGAGGGUGAAUUUGUGUCAUGAUAUAAUAAUUAUCACUUGAGUUCUAUAUUAUAGAGAUUCAAUUUGAAAUAUUAGUUUUGUACCUUUGAUUUCAUAUGUACAUAUCUAAAUUAUUAUUGGGUUAGAAAUAGCCAGUAAUAUAGCCUCUCCAUUUUAACCAUUACUCUGAUAAAUAUUAUUUAUAGGGUUAUUAUUUUACCGUGUAAAAAAUUAAGGUUAUGAUAAACCUUGUAAG